UUUUCCACCUCAAGCCUCACACCAUGACCGCCAUCGUGACAGCACAUGCGCGCUCGCUUCAACAGACGACAUUCAGAACUACAGUAGCUGACACGACCCCUCUCGAGUCUCGAAUUCAGUUCUGGAAACCCCGAGCCACUGAGGACAUGCUUUCACCCGAGAUGCAAGGCCAUUGGGUAGCAGCGCGCGCAAGUGCCCGGCAUGUCUUCCCACACUGCAGCCCAGUCUGCUGCAGCCCAACAUGGUGGUCGACCAGGAGGCCUGCCCGGAGCCUGCUUGGCCAACAUCCACCUACUAUACAGCCAGCCGGGGUUUAUCAUAUGUAUAGGUGUCUAGCAUCUCGUCUCUGAGAACACGCCGCCAUCGAAAAAAAUGUCCGGCCUCGAGGCCUUCGGGCUCGCGUGCAAUGUCAUGCAAACUAUCGGCUUUGCUAUAGAAAUGGCAUCCGUAUGCCACACCAUCUUCCGUACCGGCUCCCCAGAUCCCAGCAAGGCAACACUGUUGGCCCAUUCCGCCCAAAUCACCACGAGCCUCAAAAAUUCGAUAUUAUCCGCAAAGCCAGUCACACGGGAUGAGAAGGACCUGCUUGAUAUCGCAAACAAAUGCCUCGACGCCAUUUCUACUCUCAGGGUUCAGGUCGACAAGCUCACCCGUCCCUCUGCCAAAGGCAAAGUCCUGCCCUCAUUGCGAUUGGGUUUACGGGCAAAGUUCAAAGAAGGAAAUAUCGACAAGUUGGAGAAGAAAAUGCGCGAUUACCAAAAGGUGCUCGAGUCCGGCCUUCUUCUGCGUAUCUGCAACCAAAACAACGCGCUUCAACUGAAAAUGGAUAAUGGUUUUCAACAACUCGACAGUACCCUCCGAUGUUUUGUAGAGGCUAUUUCUCAAGGACAGGCUAAUCUCCAAGACCUCUUGACAUCAAACCAUGGUUCCAUUGUGGAGGUAAUCAAGGCCGAAUUCACGGUGCAAAAUGCUGCAACCACAGUCAUUGCCUCUGAAGUCAAAAAGACACAGGCAAUGAUCAAGGAAACGUCCCUAGAAGCUUCCCUGCUAUCCAACGAUGAGCACGCCCUUGAUCACGUUAUCGACACUUUCCCCGACCUGAAGCUCAAGGACUUCUGGGGAGAUUGGACACUUGAGGACUUAGAAAGAACCAUGAUGGACUCCCUCCAGGCCAUCGCAACCAGACCUGUGUUUAUCUUCGUGGAUGGCCUCGACGAGUUCGGAUCAUCCAACGCAAGCGUUGAUGAUGACCCGCGCGAUUUGCUUGACCUAGUGGCGAGGCUGUCAACGCUUGAUAAUGUCAAAAUGUGUGUCUCCAGUCGACCGGGGCCUGUGUUCAAGAAUAAAUUGAGCGGCCUAUGCAGUUUGCGGCUACAGGACCUUACCCGCUCCGACAUGGAGAAAUACGCCAAGGCUGAGCUACUCUCAAAUGAGGUCGUGGGUCUUGAGAACCAGAAGGAAUAUCAGGAACUUGUCAACAAGCUCUGCAACAUGGCUGAUGGUGUUUUUCUGUGGACUGCCCUUGCGGUCCGAAGUCUCUUCAGGGGUCUCACCAACGAAGAUGAUAUAUCCGACCUGUACGCUCGGCUGGACAAGAUGCCAGCGGGCCUGUACCCACUUUACAAAGACAUGUGGGAGCGCCUGAACGAUGAUCGAUAUCUCUACAGGAAAGAGGCUGCUCUGUAUUUCCGACUGAUCAUCCAUUGGUGGCGUAUGCCUUCCCAUAGAUCCGACAAGCUCUUCACCACGUUCCAUCUCCUUGCCGCCCUCGACCCAUCCAUUUCCCUGGCAUAUCUGAAUCAUGACACGGCGUCCUUUCCCUCGGAUCUAGAGGCAACGUGCGAAAAACUUGGGAAGCGCGUAGAGACACGCAGUGCUGGGCUUUUAGAACAUGGCGAUUAUGGCAGCAUUGACUUCAUUCAUCGAUCCGCACUCGAGUUUCUUACAGAUACUCCGGAGGGCCAGCAAAUCAUGGCACAUGACACGUCUACCUUCAGCGAGCUCCGGUCAUGGCUAUUACAGGCUGAUGUUGCCAGGGCGUACCUCAUGAUUAUGAAAACGGUUAAUCCUCAUUUUUCCGGGCACUGGCAUGAUGUCCGUCCAAAUGUCAGGGAUCUUUAUGCAGAUCACGUUGUGGAAGAUGUUCAUUUCAAUUGGGAUGACAGCGCAUUACCAGGCGACGUUCAAAUCAUGCUUCUCGAAGCAUGUAGGCGUAUGGUCGAAGUGGGCGACGGCAUAUUCACACCGUUAUGGGCGCGCAGCGCCGAGUUGGUGGUCAUAGAAUGCGAUACAGCAGAUGCCGCAGAGCUCCUAACCCUAGGAUGGGCUCGUCGAGAAGCAGGUACUGGCGAGAACAAGGCGGCCACGGUAACGGACAGGGAUACGAUAUGGAGACGGGCAGCAGGACUGAAGAAGUCCAGUCCAAGGGUCCUGGCAGCUGGACGAAGGACCCAUGUGUAUGAAAGAGGCAGCCACAGAAGCACGUCAAGCCACAUCGAUUUGAAGUCAGUCACCCACGACGAUGCCAAUCGCUUGCUCUCCCAGCUUGAGAAUAUUCGCUUGACGCAGGACGGGAGGUUCUUUUCUAUACCGGAGUUACAAGACAGCCUGAAUGAAAUAUGGGGGAGAGGAAACCCCCUCACUCAAAAGGAAUAUCUGAAUCUGGCUGGCGCCAAUUCUUUCAACAGUUUUGCGGUGGAGUAUAUAAGGAGCUUCAAGAACUUGACCUGCUCGGCAAAUCACUUGCCAUGGUUGGCAAAGUAUCGGGAGGUGAUAGAGGAGGCCUUGCGGAGCGUAGGCACGCUGGUAGAAGAUUCAUACUGGCUUGAGGUUAGCUCUUCCUGGAUUAGCUCUUAG